UACAGUGCUCAAUAAAGACAUCAGCACCUGUCGCACAAUGACCAUCACGGGGACCCUGAAGCGUCCUUCACUGCAGGACGAGGAGAAGGUGAAGCUGAACCACCAGAAGGGUUCAUCCAACUUCAACAGUCUUCCAGCCAACGUCUCCAAGAUGCACCUCCAAGGCUCCCCACACUACCUGGGGGCCAUCAACCUCAACGACUUCAGCAACCACACCCUCACUUUGAAGAAAGACAAGAGCCAGCUCCCCAAGUCCAUCUACAUCUGUGAUGGGGAUAUCUUCAAAAAGCUGGACUCGGAGCUCUCUCGGGCACAAGACCAAGCCAUAGAUAACACCAGCUAUGUCAUCCUGCCCAGCAACACCUCCACCUUGCGGCCAAAGCCGCCGCCGCCACCUCCACCACCCAAGGACGAAACAAAAUACAGCAUCAACAUUGACCAGAUGCCACAGACGCGGCUUAUCCACCUCAGUAUGGCCACUGACCCAGGUUUCGUAGUCAAGAGCCCUCCAAGGGAGCCAGUGGUGAUGGGCUGUGGGGAGGUCCCACCUUCCCAUAUGAUGCAGCAGCAACAACAACAGCAACCACCACCACCACUACAACAGCAGCAGCAGCAACAACAACAGUUAUCACCUCCAGUGGUCAGCAAAUCCGGUGCCUCACAGAUGCCCAACAGCUUGUGUGAGCCAGGCGAGUCUGGAAACUCAGGCAUUGUGUCGAAGGGUGAGACUGUCUCCACCCUUUCCAUGAGUUCCCUUGAGAGGCGGAAAUCUCGGUACGCAGAACUAGAUUUUGAGAAAAUCAUGCACACGCGGAAACGACACCAAGACAUGUUCCAGGAUCUGAACCGGAAGUUGCAGCAUGCAGAGAAAGACAAGGAGUCCCCAACGACAGAUAGCAAGGGUAUAAAACGGUGGAGUGUUUCUUCGGGUGGAAGUGAUAAAACUAACGCCAGCCAAGAAAAACAGCAGACGCCCAACAAGAGACCCUGGGAAGGAAUGCGGAAAGUCCACUCUCCGCCAGCCUGGGUUAAAAAGGACACGGAGGGAGUUGCACAUUCGCCUUUAGAACUCAAAACCGUGGAGUGGGAAAAGGCGGGGGCGACAAUCCCCUUGGUGGGACAAGACAUUAUCGACCUCCAGACAGAGGUCUGAGGAGGGGAAAAAAAAAGAGGGAAAAAAAGAGACUCUUUGGACGUCCUUUCCCCACUGGAAAACAAAAGAAAAACAACAUACAGACAGAAAAAUAAUUACGAUGAAAAAAGAGCCAAUGGAACGGGAUCCAGGUGGAGACAGAAAAAAAGGCGUUGGUUUCUUUUCGAAACCUUCCAGUUAAAAGGAAGAAAAAAAAAUAUAGGGUGUUAACCUUUGUAUCGUUCUCUGCCGAGAGUUGGGAGCACUAUUAAUUUGUAGAACAUAGUAGCAGUAGGUACCGUAUGAAACACGGUCUUUCCCUGGUAAGGCGGGAGGCCAAAGGGCGGUGGGGGGGAGGAAGCAGGCCAAAGCGGGGGGAGGAGAGGUAGGAAGGGCAGGACGAGGGGUUUUCAGACAUUAAAUCGGUGCCCAACCCUUCCUGGGGAAAAGCGUUGUUGAGGGUUUUGAUCAAGAGGAGACCAAUGGCCAUGCUGGGUGGCCUCGGAGGUCCGGAACGAAAGCGUUUGACAAGUGGAAAGAGCAACCUUCCCAAAAAGAAAAACUUUCCGACACAGUGGGUGACCCUUGUUCGACUGGGCAUCAUCCAUUGUAAGUUGGUUGUCGGCUGUGUGGUAGGAGGACAUGAAAGAUGCCUACAAUGGUCUCCCUUCCACCCCCUCGUGACCAGCCGGAAGGAAUCAGAAACUGAGAUAUUUUAACAAGAAGAAGCUUUGUCUUUGCUGGUUGGGUCCAGCGACCCUCGACGAGGCAGCUCCAGAGAUAACCAACCGAGGCAGCCAUGUCGAUGGGCAGAGGAAACAUCUUCUUCCGUACCAGAUUUUAUGAACUCUUCGACGGUGACAGCAAACGUGUGGCGUAUGGACCCUGAAGAGAGCUCCGCUUAAGACAAUUGAGUCCCGCUCAACCUCUCUCCAGAAAAACAGAAAAGACGAUAAAGAACUUGAGUGGGUAGGGGAGUUUUUUUAAAAACAAAUGAACAACAACAACAACAACAAAAGAAUGUAGGUCAUUAUACUGACUGUUAGUAGAUCAUAGACAAAUUCAUGGUGGACCUUUUGUCCCAAAGGUUCACACGGCCUCAUUCCCCCCCCCCUUUGCUUUCAAAUGACUUGACAAAACGUUUUCCCCACACACACACUUUUGCUCAUUCAGAAUGGACAAUUCCCAGUUAACGGAGCUGGAGAAGUUGAGGGUAUUGCCUUAGGACUCGGGAGACAAACUGAAAAACUAAAACAACAAAAAACAAAAACAAGUAACAUCCACUUGGGAAAAAAAUCUAUUUUUUUUUCUUCUUUUUCUUUUCUUCAAUAAAAAGAGAACUUGAAACCCA